UCUAUAGCUCAACAGAAAAUUGUCAAAAAUUUGUGGUUUAAAAUGUUCAAAAUUUAAAACAGCUUGAAGAUGUUCUGCACAGAGAGUUGUGAGCACGGAUGCAAUGCAACUUCCUCAGGAAAAGUGAUCGGCCAUGGGAAUGGAUCGCAGAUGCUGAUUAAUCAGCACCACCAUCACCAUCAGCAGCAGCAGUUUAACAUGUGCCAGGCUCCACUGUCGGUCCAACAGUUCAACAGUGAAGUGUCGCCACCGCGGGUCGGAAUGUGUUUGGUCACCGAAUGUCCAGAAGGUCUCAGCAUUGAUUGCAACGUUCCGCUGCCGAGUUCCUUUAACUUAGAAGAGUACAAGAAGCAGAUGAUCUGCUCCUGCUCUCCACAGUUCAAUGGUGGCUAUGUGGAUGGUUUCCCUUCAACGCAAUCAGGAACAACUACUUCGAGCUGCAAUCCCAAUCCCCACCAAUCGCCAGCUUACAACUAUCCUUGCCAAUCUUGCACAAUCGGAGGAUAUGAUUCGCAGCCUGCUCCGCAAACUCCUGUGUAUCCUUUGCCAAACCCAUCGAUUGCAAAUCGCCAAGAAGCUCCACCAACUCCAGUGCCCACUGUAAUGCCGCAGAUCUUUUACCUCGCAGCACCCACUUUGGAUGGCAGCCUUUAUCCCACGAAUCAGCAGCCCGUUUAUCUUUGCAGUCUAAUUCCUGUUCCCCCAUCGUGGAAUUUGAUGAAGCCAGUGGUCAAACCGCAGCAAUUGCCGCAGCAGCAGCUUGUGACGAGUCCUGCACAGGAUUCGCAGCUGCCGACGCAGCAGUUGGCGCGGAAUGACUUGCCAUUCCAACGCCUUUUGGCCGAGUUGCGAAGGGAGCGGGAGAAGUCCUAUUCCGAACUCCAAGUGCCAACGCCUUUGGCCUUUCAGCUUUAUGCGCCAUCAGCUGCUUAUUCCGAUCAAGGUUCCACUGCCUGUCCUGGCAAGCGAGAGGAUCCUGAUCCGCUGGGAGAUCCACUAACAACACCUCUCCAACCAGCAACACCAAUACCACCAGCACCACCGACGACAUCUUCCUCCUCCGUCAGGUUGACCAGAAACCGUUCAGCCAGUCCGAAGCGCAGUCGAUCCUAUGUGAGGAACAAGGAUUUGUGGACCAAUAGUUCGGCGGCUCCUUCGGGCCACGCCCCCUAUUCUUCGGCCGCCCAACAUGGCGGUGGAAAUGUUUGCAUGAAGUGCGGAAAUUGCUGGCACUGUCCGCGGUGCAGUUGCUCCAACUACUUUUGGCAUCCCGGAUUGGUGCGACCUCCUCCCAGGGACAAUAGAUAAGAAAAGCAAUCAAAUUUAACAAUAAACUCUGAACAAAUAGAUAAAAAGAUACUUGUACUUCUUUAAAAUAAAUGAAAUACAA